AAUAAAUGUCCCAGGCAUUAGAGAAACGCGUUCUCGAGUGAAGUCGCAGUAACUUCGGGCGAGAACAUCUUUGAAUGUCAAUGCAGUACUCUGGACUAGAAUGAGGUCUCAAUCGAUUGAUGUCGGUGUAUCAUGAGCUAUAUUCUUGCUUGGAAAUUCCAGCCCAUAAAUUUUUCUUCACCGCUUCGGACCCCUUGAUUUUUAUUGAAAAUUAUGGAAUUUGAUUCCCUGAUGGACCGAAGGUGAUUCAGUAGAUUCGAGUAUGGCAAAUGCCGCGAAUAUCCAGAAUUUCGUCAAGUUCGGGCGAAAAAUUGUUUGCAUCGGCAGGAACUACAAGGAUCACAUCGCAGAGAUGAAGGCUGCCUUGCCGACGAAACCGGUUGUUUUCAUCAAGCCUGCCACAAGUUAUAUCCAGCAGGGUCAUUCAAUUGUGAUUCCUCCGGAAUGUGACGACUUGCACCAUGAAGUAGAACUGGGUGUGGUGAUCGGAUCACUAGCACGCAAUGUAGAACAGUCUUCAGCCAUGAGCUUCGUCGCUGGAUAUUGUCUCGCUUUGGAUAUGACAGCCCGAGAUUUGCAGCAGGACUGCAAAACGAAGGGACUUCCAUGGGAAAUUGCCAAGGGCUUUGACACAUCUUGUCCAAUCGGAGAAUUCAUUCCCGCGGAGAAAAUCUCCGAUCCGCACGACCUCGACUUAUGGUGUGAAGUAAACGGAAAUCCGAGACAAAAGGGAAACACGAAGGACAUGAUUUUCUCGAUUCCGACGCUGAUCGAAUACGUUUCCAAGUAUUUUACCCUCGAACCCGGUGAUGUGUUGUUAACCGGAACUCCGGAAGGUGUUGGUCCAGUUAAACCCGGAGAUAUUAUACGAGCUGGGUUGGGAAAUCUCUCAGAAAUUCAAUUCUCCGUCAGCUCGAAAAGAUGAAACUUGCGUUGAAGGAAACGAGUGUUGAAAAAGACGGUGGUGGCGUUUCCGGCAGUGAACGUGUGGCUCCCGAACACGUGGUAGUGUUUCAUCCGGGCUCCAAAUAUCUGAGGCUCGGUAGAGCAAGUGAUGUGAGUGCGAACACUAUUCUUCACGCCAUCGCUCGACGAAGGAAACCAGACGGAAUAGAGCACAAUGAUCCAUUUCAUGUUCCCUAUUACGACGAUGCGGAUUUGGAUGAUGAUGAAUUCAAUGAUGUUAUCGACCAAGGGCGGGAAUGCGUGUCUUCCAUGACUCCAGCGGGAGUUGUAGAUGAGGUUGACGAUUUCGAAGUGGUCAAGUUCAACCGAAAAUGUCGCCCGGAAAAGGUUCCUUACAAAUCGACGAUGUUUUCGAAAGUGCCUCCUACGAAAUCGGAUGUUCUGGUGGGCAAUGAGAUACUGAAAAUGAAAUUGAGUGCUCUGGAAGCCUUCAACAUCCAUUCACCUUGGCGGAGAGGGGACUUGAAUUUGCAUUCAGGGUGUGGAGGAUCUUUGACCGCAGUCCUGAAAGAUUUGAAAGACAUCUGGCUUCAUGGUUUGCGAACAGCACUUGCAAUUCGAGCAGAUGAGGUCCAGGACUAUCGAGUGGUCUUAGUCAUCCCCGAUAUCUAUAACAGAUCACACAUUAAGCAUCUUAUUCGACUACUGGUAGAAGACAUCGGCUUUGCAUCAUGUUUGGUGCUGCAGGAUCAUGUUGCUGCAACUUUUGGUUGCGGUGUAGCGCACGCCUGUGUCGUUGACGUUGGUGAUCAGAAAACAUCUAUCUCUUGCGUGGAAGACGGUUUUUGUCAUCGUGAAUCUCGACUUGGAGAUGAGCCGUUGCUUGUGGGAGUAUCCGUAUUCCUUCCGCAGUUGUUCGCGGAAACAUCCCCAAGAAACUCCACAGGUUUCGUUGUUCGUCAAGCCAGUGCCCAGGAUUUUAAUGACCCUGAUGAUCCCUUCGAUGUCAAUUUUCUUCGCGAAUCGAGACGGAAAACAGCCGCUGCCGCGGUUGGCGACGACGAUGAUGAAGGAUUGGAUACAGCUGGAGACCUGAAUUCACAUUUAGAACUGGAUUCUUGGGACCCUGAUUUGCACCGGGCCAUUGUAAACUGCGUCGAAAAAUUGGCCUCUGAAGAAACCAAGAUGAAAAUGUACGCAACGAUCCUGCUCGUGGGAGACGGCUUGGCUAAUUUCGAAGGGUCGAAAGCCUUUCUGCGCAACAUGGUUCGCUCUGUGAUGCCGGAACAUGUUCUUCAAUUGAUGCCCCACGCCCCAGAAAUCGUCAUUCCGUCGGGUUCGUCUCGUUCCGCCAGACCCACGGUUGGAUCGGCGUGCUGGAAAGGCGCUGCAGUGUUUUCUUGCUUGGAUUCUUCUCAGGACCUUUGGAUCUCUCGAGGCAUGAAGCCUAGAACGUGGCGCGAAAAGCUCCCAUUUGUGUGGUGACAUUUUCGGGAGAGUUCUCGCGGAAAAAAAAUGUCUGUUCCUUAAUUCGACCUUCAAUACCGCUCUGAGUGUUUUAUUGCAUUCAGCGGGAAACAAGGCUCUCUAUAAAUGUUUCCGUGUAUGAUCAAGCAAAAAAAGCGUUUUUUUGUUCAUUCUCAGAUGCGAUUUUGUUUCUUUUUUUAACCAAUGCAAUGGGAGAUUGAAAUAAUUUUAAUUCACACCCAUUUUCUGCUCCAUUCAGCCUUUUUAAUGAUUCACUGCAAGGUCAUAGUGCCACUGAGUAAUUAAAAAGUUCAUCAGUUUAUUCUGCAGCGGUGUACCAAAAUGUUAAUUAUGAGAGCGUGGAACUGCUGGGAUUGCAAGAGUUAUUUGCGGUAAUAUGGUGUCUCGUUGCGGUUUGAAAGUCCCUAGCUUUAUCAGAGGAAACCACUGUCAAAAUUGUUACCAAAUCGGUUUGUUUUCGCUUGACAACCGGACAACCCUCGUGUGGCUUUCAUCUUCUGACCGUCAUAUUUCGUAUGCAAUUUUUACUCGUUCUCCCGC